GGAAGUAAAUUUGAUUCCAGCGGGCAGAUAAAAAAAAAAUUUCCCCAAAUACAAAUCCUGUGUUUACUGGUAGAUAUAGACUGGCACAUUGCUGCGUAUAUUCGCACAGGAGAGGCGUAUUCGUUUCGGAAUACCCCCAUUGCAUUGGCGCAUCUUGCGGUGUAACGCGCUGUAUCGAGGAUCGAUUAGUGAAAGGGGUACGGGUGAAAGCGGGGGCUGUAGCAGGCAUGGUUUUGGAGCCUGCUGAGUUCUGACAUGGCGGAACAGAGACACGAUACACUGGGGCUUCUAGACGGGGAGUACGCGAGAGAUCAUAGCAUUGAGGACCGUAGGUCUUGUGCAUCUGUUACCCCCUUGCUGACGCUGUUUCCCAGGAGCUAGAGGCCAUCAAAGCCCGGGUGCUGGAGAUGGAAGAGGAGGCCGAGAAACUGAGGGAGGUGCAGUACGACUCGGAGCAGCAGCUCAUCUGUAGCCCCCAGGCGGGGCUGUUCUACACAAUGACACAUGAGGAGAGAAUAGAUGCUGACAACAGAUCCGUCUAUGUGGGCAAUGUGGACUACGGAGCGACUGCUGACGAGCUAGAAAUCCACUUCAAUGGCUGCGGCCCUGUGAACCGCGUGACGAUCCUGUGUGACAAGUUCACUGGCCAUCCGAAAGGUUUUGCAUAUAUUGAGUUUUCGGACAGAGACUCUGUGAGGACAGCAAUGACACUUGACGAGACACUCUUCAGGGGCAGAGUCAUUAAGGUGCUGCCCAAGAGGACGAACAUGCCAGGCAUCAGCACCACCGAUAGGGGGAGCCACCGAGGGGGUCGAUCCCGGGGGCGGGGUUUCCGCGCGUCCAGGUUCAACGGCUUCCGGGGCAGGUACCGCUGCCGAUCGACCAGGUCGGCCCUUCCGCGCCCCUACGCCCCCCUGCCGGGAAAGAGACCCUGGGGGGCCACAGAGCACCGAGACCAGGGCGCCAAAAGGCACUCCUGCCUCCUGCUCAUAACCCCGCCCACUGACGACUCCGGGCCCGGUCCCAGCCGAAAUCAGCACCCGUAGCACCGUCUGACCGCCACCCCCCUCUCCCCAACCUCAGAGAUGAGGAGUUUUGGAUGUGUAAGUGUUUUAUUUGUACGUUGAAAAUAAAGGUGUGAGCUCGACAACAGCCAACUGCUUUUGUAACACAUCGUCCGUUCAGUCAGAGACUUUGUAGACCACGGCUUGAAAGCAAUGUCUGGAUUUGAGGAGCUGAAGAUUGUUUACUGUAUAUUGUUCAUGGAGACAUUGCUCAAAUGUAAACAAGGGGCCAGUAAGCAUGCAGGUGUGGUGGUUACAGUUUAAACUACAUCUCCUGCAUCACAGAUUAAAAAUGUAUCUUGGACUUCUUGAAGCCUUGUGCCUAUCUGUAUAACAUGACUUGUCAAAUUUACCCGCACUGACUACGAAGAUGUCUGCUUUUGAUAAGUGAUAACGAAUCAGGCAAUUUCCUUGUGACAUUAUUGCAACAUUCUUUUUGUUUUUUGUUUUUUUUUUGUGGGAAACUAAAAUCCAUCCUCCCGAAAUGUAAUUUUUCAACCCCUUAUUUUUAGGGAGGGUGGAAGUGUUCAAUAUUUGUUCUGCCAUAACUAAAACUUAAUAAAUUGUGGGUGUGAAAGUAACAUAA